UCGGUGCUGAGAGGAGGGGCUACAUGUUUCGUUCACUUCCGGUGGCUCAGUACAGUUAUCUGUUCAGGUAUAGACAUGGGAGCUGUUACAGAUGAUGAAGUUAUCCGGAAACGUCUUCUCAUCGACGGAGACGGAGCUGGUGAUGACCGUAAAAUCAAUUUGCUGCUGAAGAGUUUCAUAAAAUGGUGUAACUCGCCCUCGAUCCCGGAGGAAGGGUUCACUCAGUAUCAAAGGAUGUUGGGCACACUGGCCCAGUGUGAAUUCUCCAUGGGAAAGACUUUAAUGGUUUAUGACAUGAACCUAAGGGAAAUGGAGAAUUAUGAGAAAAUUUACUCCGACAUAGAACAAAACAUCAUGUCUGCACAUGAGAAGAUAGCUGAAUGCAAAAAAGAAAUUCAAAGGGCAAAGCGAAUAAGAAAGAACCGCCAAGAGUACGAUGCUUUGGCUAAGGUCAUCCAGCAACAUCCAGACCGACAUGAAACACUGAAGCAGUUGGAGGCACUUGACAAGGAACUCCAGCAACUCUCUCACAUCAAGGAGAAUGUAGAUGCAAAGUUGGAGUUGAGGAAGAAGCAGUUCCAUGUUCUGCUCAGUACCAUACAGGAACUACAGCAGACCCUUGAGAAUGAUGAGAAAUCAGAGAAUGACGACAACAAUCAGGGGAGCCCUGUGGGGAAUGGUGAAUGAACUUGUGAAGCUGUGAAACAAGCCUCUUAUAAAUGAUUUUUUUGGUGUACUACUUUUUUACAUGUGUUUUUGAAUAAAACUUACUUGUCUA